AUGCAUCCCGAACUAAAAGAUUCCGGCGAGGAAAACGUUGAGAAGCGAGACAAGGAGGCGAUAGCAAAUUUGCUGCAAGCCGGUGAUGCAGUGCUUCUGGAGACGGAGUCAACUUCCGUUCAACACGCAGUGUUCCGCAAGCUAGCUGCGUAUAUGUUUGCCUCCACAGAAGACCUGCACUCUGAAGUAAAAACCAAGCAUGGAGAUCAACGGAAGCAAGUCCUUUCUCAGCAAGACAAAAAUGAGAAGGAUUUGGGGCCAAGGAUCACAAAGAAAUUUCUGAGGGAUCACUGCAAGCUGAAUAAACUCUAUGUCACCCCACGUCUGAAUGACACAUUGUACCUACACUACAAAGGCUUCUCUGUCAUAGAGAAUCUGGAAGAAUACACUGGGCUGAAGUGUCUGUGGCUGGAGUGUAAUGGACUGCAGCGCAUCCAGAACCUGGAAGCCCAAACUGACCUGCGCUGUCUGUACCUGCACCAAAACCUCAUCCACAAGCUGGAGAACCUCGAAAUGCUCAGCAAGCUCAGCAGCCUCAAUGUUUGCAACAACUACAUACACACCGUGGAGAACAUAUCUUGCCUCCCUGAGCUGAACACCUUGCAGAUAUCCCAUAAUAAGCUGGAGACGUCAGCAGAUCUGGAGCACCUGAAGAGUUGCCCUUCCAUCAGUGUGCUGGAUCUGUCACACAACCAGCUGAAGGACCCUGACAUAGUCAGCGUACUGGAGGCCAUGCCCCAACUGCGUGUUCUAAGCCUGAUGGGAAAUGAAGUGGUCAGGAAGGUCUUGAACUACAGGAAGACUGUGAUUGUGCGUCUCAAACAACUCACCUACCUGGAUGACAGGCCCGUGUUCCCUAAGGACAGGGCGUGUGCAGAGGCAUGGGCUGCAGGGGGGCUAGAGGCAGAGCGCAGGGAGAGGGAAUCCUGGGAGACACGUGACAGGAGGAGGAUCCAGGACAGUCUGGACGCCAUGGCAACCAUUAGAGAAAAAGCACUGGAGAGGCGUCGUCUUCGAGAGCUACAAGAGAGAGACAAUUGUGAAGACUCAGUCACAGACCCAGAGGAAAACCAGGGCCCCAAUGAGGACACCAAGGGCACCAGUGAGGAGAGCCAAGGCCCCAGUGAGGAGAGCCAGGGCCCCAGUGAGGAGAGCCAGGGCACCAGUGAGGAGAGCCAGGGCCCCAGUGAGGAGAGCCAGGGCACCAGUGAGGAGAGCCAGGGCCCCAGUGAGGAGAGCCAGGGCACCAGUGAGGAGAGCCAGGGUCUGGGCCAGAGGGAGAAGAUCCAGGCUUUUGUCCAGGACAGUCUGGAAGCCCAUGAGGAGUUUUUACAGACACAGAGAGAACUUUCAGAGAGAGAGGAGCAGAAGAAAGACCAGUUAGUGAGAGAGGAACAGAAGGAAGACCAGUUAGUGAGAGAGGAGCAGAGAAAUGACCUGUUAGAAAAAGAACAGUUAGAUCUUUCUGUGACAAGUCCAGCAGACAGAGACAAGGUUGAGACAGAAGAGGUGAUGCCAGAGCAGUCAGAAUGUAGACAACCAUUCCUGGGCAGGAGAGCUCCCUCUCAGGACACUGCCAAGCCCAACUCUGGCCCCAUGGUGACAGAACCUCUCUCUCACGGCCCUGGCCCCAUAGUGACAGAACCUCUCUCUCACGGCCCUGGCCCCAUGGUGACAGAACCUCUCUCUCACGGCCCUGGCCCCAUGGUGACAGAACCUCUCUCUCAUGGCCCUGGCCCCAUGGUGACAGAACUGGAGGAGGCAGAGCUCCUAGAGACCAUCCAGCUUGACACCCGUCCCCCAUUAAGGAUUGAUGACCUUCCAGAUCUGGAGGAUGUAGAAGAUCCAGAACCCACCUGUGCUUUCUUCUCCCAGUGGGAGUCCCGACCAAAGAUAGAGAUCCUGUCAGGGAAUGAUGAAGAUCCAAAAAGGUGUCUGCCGGCAACACCCACCUCAGAGCCAGACCCCCACCAACUGUUCUUCAGGGUCUGUGACAAUGCACCAAUCACACCCUCCACCAAUCCCAUGGUAGCAUUAGAUCCAGAUGCGGGGAAUGCCACAGAGCAACCACAGAGAAUUACACACAUCCGCAUGCUCAUGCCAAAUUGA